GACUAACACCUUAAUGGAGGAAUAUAAUUGAAUAUCAACUGUGGUAUUCUCAGAAACUUACAUAACUUGCUUAUUUUAAAUAGAAAUUUACCAAUUUGAUUUCUUUCUCUGAAUAAUAUAAAAAACAUUCAAAUUAGCCGUGGACCGCCGAUUGUUCAUUGAAACGAAUUCUAUAAAUAUCAUAAUUUUGAGUUAAUUAGUGAAAUGUUGGAAAAAUGGAAACAUGUGUAAUGUCUGAUUUCGAAAAAGUAUGCCGAAUUUGUAUGAAAUUCGACAAAACAUUUCUAUCCAUUAUUUCAUUUAAUAUAAUUGAUAUGAUAAUAGCAUGUGCUUCUGUACAGAUUUGGGAAAAUGAUGAUUUACCAAAUCAAAUAUGCCACGCUUGUUUUCUUCAAUUACAAAAUACUAUAAAUUUCAAACAGUUAUGUGAAAAUUCAGACCAUGCAUUUCGUCAAAUUAUUGAGCAGAAUAAAAUUAACAAUGAAAAUGAUUUUAUCAACAUAAAAAAUGAAGAAAUUGAAGAGUAUGCUCGUAAUUUUUCUCCAUUAGAUAUUAAAGACGAAGAAAUCGCUCACAAUGAAGAGGAGUCCAAAAAAUCAGAACAAAACAAUGCGUUAGAAAUUAAAAAUAUAGAAAAACCGGAAUCGAAUAAAAUACAAAUACAAACUAAAUCCGAAGAAGAAAGUGAUACAUGUGAAGAUAUUGAAGACGAUGACAAUACCACGGAAAAGUUUUCUUGUGAGAAGUGUAAUAGAGAAUUUAAAAAGUUAUGGGUAUUGGGUAAACAUAUGCAUCGUAUACACAAAGUCAAAGCGUUAAAGUGUAAUCAAUGUAAAUUAAAAUUUUACCAUCCAUUACAUUUAAAAGAGCAUCAGGAAUUAACUCACAAUAAAUUGAAUCAUACUUGUAAUAAAUGUGGAAUUGUUUGUUUAAAUAUUUAUAAAUUAAAAAAUCAUGAAUGUAAAUCAAAUUCAUCAAAAUUAUUACAAUGUCCACGAUGCGACAAAUCAUUCGAUGAUAAGCGAGAGCUUAAAUAUCAUAAUAAAGAAGUACAUAAACAUGUAGAAAUGAAAGUAACAUGUUAUAUUUGUGGUAAAUUGGUGCUAAAAGCAAGUAUAAUAAAACAUAUGAAAAAUAUUCAUAAAAAACGUGAUAAAAUUACGUGCGAUAAAUGUUCAAAAACAUUUAUUAGUCAGAAAACGUUAGCCGCUCAUAUUAAAGUAGUACAUGAGAAGGAACAACCAGCACGUAACCAUUUAUGCAAUAUUUGUGGAUAUGCAACCACAGCACCGAGUCAAUUACGUAAGCAUUUAAUGGUACAUUCAAGUGAGAAGCCUCAUGCGUGUGAUCGUUGCGAUAAGGCUUAUCGGCGUGAAGAUGACUUAAAAGGGCAUAUCGCGAGAGCACAUUUAAAUAUACGGAAGUACCAGUGUACGCUUUGUACACUUGCUUUUUUUACAAAAAUAAAUCUAACGCAUCAUGUACGAAGGCAUACCGGUGAAAAACCACAUAAAUGUGAAGUAUGUGGUAAAGGAUUUAUACAAAAAGUUGCAAUGAAAAGUCAUAUGAAAAUACAUAACUUAAAAGAAAAUCUAAUUCAAAGUUGAUAAUUUAGAUGAUAGUUAUAUCAUAUGUACUAGGGUGGAAAAAAUAGUCUCUAACGACAUGUAUUAUAAUUCUUUUGAUAAUAAAGAAAAUUAAUGGAUUAAAUA